AUGGUCGCGCUCGUGGACGUGAUUUCGAUUGCCGUGGCCACUUCCCCACCUGUCCGAAUAUCUCAUCACUGGCCGGGAGGGCCGGGAGACAGCCCCUGCACUGCGGACCCGCCUCCGCCUACCGCCGGAUCACGGGAGCUUACAGCGCCGAGCUCCGCCCGAGCAAGCUCCGCCUGCCCCUCUCUUUCACAACCUUCCCUGGAGGCCCCGCCCCCUCAGCCUCCCUUGGCAACCGUCUCCGGGCAGGCUCCGCAGGCUCCGCGCGCCCCGCCUCCUCUGCUCUCGACUCAGCCUCCGGCCCCGACCUCCCAGGAUGCAGCGCGCGGGCGGGAGGUUUGGAGCCGAGGGACGCUGCGCCCGCCUGGGGCGUCGGGAACGUGGCGCCUGCCGGACUCUGGACGCGCGGGCUCAGGUAUGGCAGGCGCGUCGUCCCACACCUUCCCCUGGCCUUCGCGGGGCCGGGCGGCAGAGCUGGGUUGGCCCCCCCUUGUGCCCUCUUUGCGGAAUAAGGGGAUGGAAACGAGCUUGCUGGGGCCUAUGGCCGUCAUUCUGUGGAAUGAUGACUAG